GACAACGCGACACGAGAACCCGCUCCCCCCUCCUCUUUCUCUAUGCUCAAACGCCAUUAUCGCCUCUGCUGUGCUUAGGGCUUCCUCAAUCGCCUUCCCAGUUCCACCCCCAAAAAACCCUCCGCUCGAACUCCGAGAAAGACCUGGCGAGCCGAUACUCUCUCUCCAUUGAUUGACGUUUCUCCGCUCGGCGAUACGAAUCCGAGCUCCGCGAGCGCGACCAGCCCAGCUUCACUCUCCGCUGAUGGCGAAGACCAAACCGGGAAGGAAGGACCUCGACUCCUACACCAUCAAAGGCACCAACAAAGUCGUCCGACCUGGAGAUUGCGUUCUCAUGCGCUCGCCGGAGUCCGGCAAGCCGCCUUACGUGGCGCGCGUGGAGAAGAUAGAGGCCGACCACCGUAACAACGUCAAAGUCCAUGUCCGGUGGUAUUACCGGCCAGAGGAAUCGAUUGGAGGGCGCAGGCAGUUCCAUGGAGUGAAGGAGCUGUUCCUGUCGGAUCACUUUGAUGUGCAGAGUGCCCACACUAUUGAAGGGAAGUGCACGGUGCACACUUUCAAGAACUACACCAAGCUUGAGAAUGUUGGAGGAGAGGAUUAUUUCUGCCGGUUUGAAUACAAGGCUGCCACCGGAGCAUUCACUCCAGACCGAGUAGCUGUGUACUGCAAGUGUGAGAUGCCGUAUAACCCAGAUGAUCUCAUGGUGCAAUGCGAAGGGUGCAAGGACUGGUUCCAUCCUUCUUGUAUGGGUAUGACGAUUGAAGAAGCAAAGAAGUUAGAAUACUUUUUAUGUACCGACUGUUCUACUGAAGAUGAUGCCAAACGAUCCAUACAGUUUCCUGUAUCACCUUCAACCGAGACGAAGGUGGAGGCAAAGCGUCGGAAGAGGUGACUUGUAGACUAUGAUGCGGAGAGGGCUGGUACUUAUUUUCCUGGUAUCAGCUCCAGUGUUGUUAUCCUGUUCUUGAACUGUACAGCAAAGAACACUGUGAGCAUCAAUUAGGGAUAUUUGAUUUUUCUUUUUGUCUCUAAGUAGAUUAGAGUGAGUAGAGGACACUGUCUUUUAUGUUGCCACGUGCAUUGAAUCUGCUUGAAAAAGAGUGCAUAGACCACGCUUCAGCACGAGGAGCGAGGAAACUUAGACUAGACUAAGCCAUUCCUCGCUUUAUUGGGACAGACGCAGUGAAAUUGUUCGGUCUUUUUUCCACAGUUUUUGCCAGUUGGUUAAAUUGAGUGACUGCAAGCGGAUUUUUCUUUUCUUUUUCCUCAGUUGUUGGUUUCACUCAUGUUUUUGUUCAUCUCUUUGUAUCAUGUGCAAAUGUGCUGAAUUGUUGGUGAAUACCAAGUUGCAGGCCCAUUCUUGUUGCUU